GGCCGAAAGUCAAUAAUUGAGUCCGCCAGCCACCUCGUGACAUCCAGAGAUCGUCACCCUUCCUCCACCAGUCGUCUCGGCCCGAGAACGAUCUUACGCCCAAGAACACCCUCACGAACAGCCACGAUACUGCCCUCCACGCAUGACCCCGAGACACGACAGACCACGCCUUUGAUCGCUAUGCACAUGUUGAGGCCAUCGAGGCCGGACAGACGAGCUCUCAGCGUGUCACCAGGCCAGCAACACCACAGAUGACGCAGUCAGAAGACCAGCUGGGCGAGGUUGCGUUCCGGCCGCCUCGUCGCAGCUCGACUGUCCCGGUCAUGCCGCGACGCGCAAGCACGUCCUCCGUCCCGUCACAAGAUCCGAAGCAGGAAGAGGUCGUCGAGACCCUCUACAGCCACCCUUCCGUCAAAAUCAUCGCGUUCACCACGAACGAGCGGAUAUCAGUGGGUCGCGAUGCAGAUACAAGACCAGGCUCCCUCCCGCCAUCUUCGCGGCUAGAAAGAACGAUCGCUAUCGGACAAUUUCGAAUCUACAAGGCACCCGGUAGUGUGGCAUUCUUGAGCUGCGGUUCGGCCUUGCAGCCCAUUCUGCCAAAAAGCCAAUGCUGGUGUCUUACGGAGGAUAACAGCCGCUUUGUGCUGCAGAUCAGGCGGCCACAGUACUGGCGGAUCGAGCUGCCGGCGGAAGAGCAGGACGACAUAGAACGCGCCAUGCUGCUCAGAGAGGUACUUACCCAGACUCUGCAGUUUGAGCGGACCGAGUGUCCGUUCCAGCGGAGCUUUACGGUAGAGCUGCCGGACCGACCUUCCACACCUGUCAAGUUAAAGGCGUGGACCGCCGAAGGAAAGAACCUCAUAGCCUCGCCCUUUGCAGAUCGGCCUGCAGCAGCCAUAUCUCCGAUUGCCAUGGCCGGUCUUCGAGAAGCCACACCGAACCCAAGAGAUGGGGAGCACCGUAGAUUCCAACCUCUCGACCCAGAAAGCAACUCGUCACGACGCAUGCGGAGACGUGGCUCCGAGGAUUUCUCAGUAGGCGAAAUCGAACAAGGCACUUCGCAGGCUUCGCUUGACCAGAGCUCUUAUGUUGAACAAGUCGUGAGCAAUUUGGAGGUCAAUAUAGCUGAAAACCCACCGCAGCGGGAGGCCAGAGUGCAGCGCGCCAACUCCUUGGCCCACGAAUUUAGCCCGCCGGCUCAGAGAACUGGGUCGAACGCUUUGUCGAAAUCACCUGAGCCUCGAACACCGGGAAAAAGCCGGCCAGGACUUGAUGCAUCGCCGGGUGGCUGGUUCACCUCUGAGCGUUCUGCCACAGUCGAUGCCGGCCAGAGUACAGCGAACUUCCUGAACAGAGCCGUGCAUGACCUCGUUGAGGGGUUCGACACCCUUUAUAACAACAGCCGCAACUUGCUGGACCAGCAAAUUAGGCCGAGAUCUCAAGACUCCCCGUCCAAGUCAAGCUCGCUUGCCCAACAAGGGCAGAGCGACCUUGAGGACGGCGAGUCGCCCAGCGAGCUGAGCGAUGCAUUCUACACUCCCAAUGAGAGAGGUCUCGACGAAGCCGAAUUUGACGCCGUCGCAGGCGAGACUGCUUGGACGUCCGUUCAAGGUGCCAUAGCUUCUCUGGCUGAAGGAGAUCUCAAGACACCAACACAGCACAGCACACCUGCGGACCUCAAAGAAACCAUGCCUGCAACGCCCCCGCGAUCUGUUGAAAGGAAACAGGCGGGCAAAGGCAGUGAUGAGCCUUCCUCCUUUGAGGGUUCUGGAUAUGUCGCUCCUGUCAAUCUGAGCAAGAAACGAAUGAGUAAGAAACUCGCUGGGCGAUCUUACACGGCCCCUCCGCAACUGAAAGUUGCGACAUCGUCCUCUUCAAAAUUGAAAACCGCCGCUAGCAGCGGGACAAGAGCUAGCGCAUCAACCACCGCGACGAAAGAAUCACGGGAGACCUCCCCUAGAGGUUCCACAGACUCUUUCCACUCCGUCGCGUCUUGGCAAUCGUCUGACGCACCUCUGCCGCCGUCACCACCAGUUUCGCAUGGCGGAUCACCAGACCGUCAACCCUUCCCCCACCCACAUGAAGACAUCGUCUUGGACAAGCUCGAUAUACCACCGAGGGAUUCGUCUGUUUCGACAGUGACUCCAAGCGCGGCACGCUUCCCACCAAAUCCUCUCAGAAAGGCUGCACGGUCCAGAUCAGCUUCUCCGCGGGCUCGGUCCCCGGUAGAAUCAGCCAGGGCCAAGUCCACAAGCAUCGAGCCCGAAGGUCACUUCUCUGCGGCAGCCAUCAAUCGGAGAUCCCAGUUCCGGCGCCGGCUGAGGCGCAAUAAUCUCUCCUUCAGCCGCAGAGCACUCUCGCCACUACCACCCGCGGCGAACUUGUUCACGCCAAAUGCCAGAAGGGUGCUGGAGGAUCCGCUGACGACGAUGAAGCGGCUGCCAGGCGCCAUUCUCUCCAAAACUUUCGAGAUCUUGAUGAGCCCGCCGAGCCACCUCAUCCAGCUGAUACUGAGAGUUGCCCGCAAGAUUCUAGCUGGUGAGUGGCGCGGUCUAGUGUACGGCUUCAACGAGGGCGGCGAGGAGAUUCCCGUGCACUGGGACUACUCUGACGAAGACUUCGCCAAUCUCGAGGAGGAAGCCGAAGACGACAGCAAUGGACUUGGGACAAGAGGCCGGUCCUCGAGCACGCACUGGGACGAGGACACGAGCAGCAGACAUUGGGAGGUAGACUAGAAGUCGCCUGUUUGCACACUAUGCUCUUGUAAGAUAUUUGGAUGAUGUACAACAAACGAUGGUGUUUGGGAAGAGUGGGGAUUUGCCUUCACAUGCAGGCUUUGCUGGGGAGAUGUUGAUUCACGGGAACAGAACAGACAGCGUCAUUGCCGAGACUUUUGCGUUUACACGUCGCUGGAGCAUCUUCGGAGUCGCUCCUUCCGAGCACUGGCGUUCUGCAACGAUAUCCCCUUGAGUUUGCGUUGUCCAGCUUUGCUGACAGAUGUCAACUCAGCCUUGAUGACCACUUCUAAUCAAUAUUAAUGAAACGGGUUACCUUUCCGCUCUAAUACAAGAAUUUCUUUGUCUUUA